UCCCCAGUAGGGGGCGUAGCCCGUGGAUGCUGGGUCUCGGUGGGCCGUACGCAACGUCAGAGGCGGGAACAACUCUCGCCCCGCCCCUGCCAUCUGCGGCGCGCUCUGAUUGGAGGGACGAACCAUCACUUGGCAGCGCCGUUGGGGUAGGAGGAAGAGGGCCCGGCCGAAGGUGACGCUGAGGCAGCGGAGCUGCGGAGAGCGGAGAGGGCUGUGAGUGAAAGCGAGCCUCGGCAGCACAUUGGACGCUCUUCCCCCCUCUCUCUGCGGUGAAUGGCGGCGGGAUGGAGCACGAGGGGAGCGGCGGCAGCGGGGGGUCGGCCGGGCUCCUGCAGCAGAUCCUCAGCCUGAAGGUCGUCCCACGGGUGGGCAACGGGACCCUGUGCCCCAACUCCACUUCUCUCUGCUCCUUCCCAGAGAUGUGGUAUGGUGUGUUCCUGUGGGCACUGGUGUCCUCUCUCUUCUUUCAUGUCCCUGCUGGAUUACUGGCCCUCUUCACCCUCAGACAUCACAAAUAUGGUAGGUUCAUGUCUGUAAGCAUCCUGUUGAUGGGCAUCGUGGGACCAAUUACUGCUGGAAUCUUGACAAGUAUGUUAGACAUUAAAAUACCAGUCAAAACGUUUCAUAUGAAUAGUCAGUUCAUUUCAGGACCCAUUUUAGAAACAUGUCUGAGUGGGAUAAAGAAAAAAGAGUGGCCUUUAACCACACGUCCUGUUUUUUUAUGUAUCGUUUCUUUUUCACCCCCAACUCCCCAUUAUUUGGCUAACAUCUUUGACUUCCUGAGUCAGAUUUUCUCUCGCUGGCUUCAGAGAAGCCUUAAGUUAAGCUUUGUGAGAUAGGUCACUAGCAAAAGAAAGACAUUUGUCUUUUUGGAAGCUACUACUCCUUUCUCAUCAGCUCGCACCUGACUGAUGGCAUCACAAGAUGGUUGAUGAAUUACUUCCCCUCAUUCAGGUGUGAUUACUUUAAGGACUGAAGAAUAAUUCUAAUGACAAGAAUUCUCAUUUAGAAAAGUACCUAGUUAUUUUUUUCCCCUCAAUACUUUCUGAAUAAAAAUU